CAUCAAGAGCAUACAUCACCUUCCGCGCACGACGUUACAAGCUUACAACUUACACCUGGCUACAAUGUAUCAAAUUCUAGCACCCAUUUUCCCGCCAAAACCGUACUUCCCUUCUCAUAUUUUGCCGUCAAAUCUCAUUGUUUUGCCUGCCCACUUCGCAUUUUCAUCCUCACAUCUCUUUCUCUCUCGCUCGCUCGCUCGCUCGUUGACUCUCUCACAUUCAGUGAAGUUGAACCAUGAAGGACCUCGACUUUAACGCCGACAAAGUUCUCGCCAAAGAGUUCCUCUCAAACUUCGCAGAUGCAAAUGGCGAGGCCAAAUACAUGAACAUCCUUCAAGAUGUUGCAAACCGUAAAAUUAGAGCAGUGCAGAUCGAUCUUGAGGACCUAUUUAACUACAAAGACUUGGAUGAGGAAUUUCUCAGGCGGGUUACUGAGAACACUCGAAGAUACAUUGGAAUUUUCGCUGCUGCAAUCGAAGAGCUUUUGCCGGAGCCCACUGAGGCCUUUCAUGAUGAUGAUCAUGAUAUAUUGAUGACACAAAGAGCUGAGGACGGAACCAAUAAUGCAGAUGGGUCUGACCAACGUCAGAAGAUGCCUCCUGAGAUUAAACGUUACUAUGAAGUUUAUAUCAGGGCACCUUCAAAAGGGAGGCCAUUUACCAUUAGGGAGGUAGCGGUGUACACAUGUGAAGAAUGUGGCUAUGAAAUUUACCAGGAUGUAACUGCUCGAGUAUUCAUGCCCUUGUUCGAGUGCCCAUCAAAGCGUUGUUUAGUGAACAGGACGAAGGGGAACCUUAUCCUUCAACUUAGAGCAUCCAAGUUUUUGAAGUUUCAAGAGGCCAAGAUUCAAGAGUUGGCAGAACAUGUUCCAAAAGGCCACAUUCCACGGUCAAUGACAGUUCAUUUUAGAGGGGAAAUGACUAGAAAGGUAGCUCCAGGUGAUGUUGUUGAAUUAUCAGGGAUCUUUCUUCCUAUUCCUUACACCGGAUUUAGGGCAAUGCGUGCUGGAUUAGUUGCAGAUACGUACUUGGAAGCCAUGUCUGUCACUCAUUUCAAGAAAAAAUAUGAACAGUAUGAACUUAGGGGAGAUGAAGAAGAGCAAAUUGCACGAUUAGCUGAGGAUGGUGGCAUUUAUAACAAGUUGGCACGGUCAUUAGCACCUGAAAUUUAUGGACAUGAAGAUGUUAAAAAAGCUUUGCUUCUUCUUCUUGUGGGUGCUCCACACCGGAAGCUGAAGGAUGGGAUGAAGAUCAGAGGAGAUUUACAUAUUUGUUUGAUGGGUGAUCCUGGUGUUGCCAAAAGUCAGCUCCUUAAGCACAUUAUAAAUGUAGCACCCAGGGGAGUCUAUACCACUGGCAGAGGAAGCAGUGGAGUUGGUUUAACUGCAGCUGUGCAGAAAGAUCCUGUCACAAAUGAGAUGGUUUUGGAAGGGGGAGCCUUGGUGUUAGCGGAUAUGGGUAUAUGUGCUAUUGAUGAGUUCGACAAGAUGGAUGAAUCUGAUCGUACAGCGAUACAUGAAGUUAUGGAGCAACAGACUGUCAGUAUUGCGAAGGCAGGGAUCACCACAUCUCUGAAUGCAAGAACUGCAAUUCUUGCUGCUGCUAAUCCAGCCUGGGGAAGAUAUGACCUACGCAGAACUCCAGCAGAAAAUAUCAAUCUCCCUCCAGCCCUGCUGUCAAGAUUUGAUCUACUUUGGUUGAUCCUAGAUCGAGCAGAUAUGGAUGCUGAUCUUGAGAUGGCAAGGCAUGUUGUUUAUGUACACCAGAAUAAAGAAUCUCCUGCUCUUGGGUUCACUCCACUUGAACCAUCUGUUCUUCGUGCAUAUAUUUCUGCUGCAAGAAGAUUAUCCCCUUAUGUUCCAAAGGAGCUGGAAGAGUAUAUUGCCACAGCAUAUUCCAGCAUUCGGCAAGAAGAAGCUAAAUCAAAUACACCACAUUCGUAUACUACUGUGAGGACUCUACUCAGCAUUCUUAGGAUAUCAGCAGCACUAUCAAGGCUUCGUUUCUCUGAAACUGUGGCCCAGAGUGAUGUGGAUGAGGCUCUUAGGCUGAUGCAAAUGUCAAAGUUCUCUUUGUAUUCUGAUGAUCGUCAAAAAUCUGGUCUGGACGCCAUAUCAGAUAUAUAUUCAAUCUUACGGGAUGAAGCUGCAAGGGCUAACAAGAUGGAUGUGAGCUAUGCCCAUGCACUGAAUUGGAUUUCUAGAAAGGGAUAUAGUGAAGCUCAGUUGAAAGAAUGUUUAGAGGAAUAUGCUGCCUUAAACGUGUGGCAGAUACAUCCCCACACCUUUGAUAUUCGUUUUAUUGAUGCCUGAAGUUCCUAAAUCAAUUGGAAGCAACCCGAAACACAACAGUAAGCUGCAUCCACCAGCAUCUGAAAGGAAACGUGAGAGGGAAAAGCUUAUAAUCACAUCCCUUUCUUAAGUUGUUGGAUUUAACAUAUAGUUAUCCAGUGUACCUUUUCUUAGUGUAGGUACUCAGCAUUGCUAGAGUUUCUACCUCAUUUGAAACAUGAGAUGGAAAAGUGAUUAAUCAGCGGAGUUACUUCUCUUUGUUAACUAACCAUGAUAAAACAUUGUCUCUUCUCUUUUAACUCUUUUCUUAUUAUUUUUUUUAAAGUUGUGUUUAACUCUUUGUGAAUUAUGAUGGUGAGGCUAACUGAUUCUUGAGAACUGCAGGAUUAGGCUGUGCUGACAUUUAUUUAUCUGCCUUUCUAGUUUCGACUGUGGAGUAUGGGUAACUGCUUAGCGAACAGCUUCGUUUGCUCAUGGUUUUAUGUGAAAAAAAUAUGGUAAUAUCAAUAAAGGAGCAAGUAAUUAAUCAAAUAUAUUUUGUGGGAUGGAGUCGCGGAGUGUCGAUGUGUCAUUAACCGUUACUUUGGAGAAAAGAAGUCUCAGUUUCGCGAAAAUGAUUAAAAAAAAAUUAUAACGGAUUCCCACAAAUGG